UUUUUUGUUGAUCCUUUCAGCAGUUACAUCAAACUGGUCGAUCAGCUUAUUUGACAUCCUACAGGCUAAAACGUUAAAGCGAAAUAUUUAGAAACGGCAAAAAAAGAAAAAUAUCUUCAAAAAUUUAUUUUUUAAUAGAUUGGACUUAUAACUAUUCUUAACUUGAAAGUAAAAAAAUUUUAGGAUUAACAACGAAAAUAGUGCGAAAAGACAUACUUAAACACGCACGAAGACGAUUCAUCUCACAUUUUUAAAAAGUUUUCAAACGUCAUUGAAUGAAUUCAAUAAUUAGUAGAUGCGAUAAUGAAUUUUUUAAAACUCUUCAACUCUAAUUUUCUAGAUGACCAAACAUGUAAAUUCUAGGUUUAGGGUCGUCUCUCAUAAAAUUUAUUACCCUUGACAUGUUCUCUUCAAGAGUUGCAUUGUUACACGAACAGCAUUAUAGGUUUUCACACUACCUGGAAAAUGUGUAUAUGUCACCUAGUUAUAUGGCACAACUGGUAACACCACAAUCCCAUUUUUCUUCUUGGUUUUACUCUAUUCUUGUAGUGGAAUUUGAUACAACUGUGGGGCAUCAUGUGACGUUUGAGUAUCCUAAGGGACUGGUGACGGCAGAUGAACAAAAACGGUUUCUUCAUUUGUGUCUUCCGGAUUCUCGUUCAAUGAACCGUUCUGAUAUUUUUAGCUCAAGAAAUUUCACUUCAAAGAAGAAAAGCGGCUGGCUUGGUUUUCGCUUUAAAAAGGCACCCAAUAUUGGUUUCAAAAAUACGUCGUCAAGUUCGUCUUCUUUUGUUCACGGAGCAUCUUUCUUCCAAACAGAGAAAAAUUCGUCUUAUGAUCGCGGGGCUCGUCAAAAGUGUGUGGUUCUUCUUUCAUUUCUUCCUAUCAAAUUUUUCUAUCCACUACUGUUACCCGUUGUUUUAUACGUGGGCUAUUUUUAUCUCCUUUUAGGGAAAAAAAUCAUUUUAGAAGCAUGUACUUACAUAGAAGCGACUUGGCCAAAAUGUCCUUCAUGGAAUGAAAGAUCAGUCACUCUAGUCUUGAGAACAAGUCGAACAAAACCUAUUGUCUUGUUCUGCGCCACGCACCGUUCAGAUGGAGGUACUUCCUCUUGGAGUUUUAUGGGAGUCGACUCUAGAGAAACAUUUGGCCACUUGAGGCGCAUCAAGCAUACACAACAGAAGCAUUUGAGCAUUUCAUUAAAAAGUUUUUUUAUAAAAUUAGGGCCAUUGAAAUUCACACCGAAAUCUAUUUUGUACUUUUGGAAUCUUAUGCAAAAAACUCCUUGGUGCCAUACUGCCUUUCUCGGUUCUUACCACAAAAUAUUUUUCAGUGGUUUAAAAAAAAAAAAAAAACUACUACGCGGUACAAUAAAUAACGCAGAAGCUGAGUACCUUCCAAUUUACAAUUCUUUUUCUAAAAAAGCUAAACACGUUUCAAAAUUACGUUUGUUACUCAAAAGUUCUUCUGGUGGGGAAAUUUAUAAAAGGAAUAACAAAUCUUUUGUUACCUUGAGCAAAAAACAAAACAUAGUUGUUUCUUAUCCCGUAAUGUUUAAGAAUAAUAUUGGUAAAUGUUGUUUCAUGAACACGCUUAUACAUUAUCCCAUAAAAUGCUUUUUUGAAACUUUUUCUUGGCCUUCUACAAGUUUGGUAUUAUCACUCGAAAAUCUUUCGCAUAGUAUUUGGGACUUAUGGGAAAUCGCGCUAACAGAGUCCCCAUUUCUUGUUAUUUCCGCUAAUCCCAUGACCUCGUGUUCUAUUGUUCUUAAUUUAAUUCGCCUGAUUUCCCCUCUUGAAUAUGUCGCUGAUGUCAGGCCACAUAUCAACUCUUAUGAUGAAGAUUUAGAGUAUUAUCAAGAAACGCUGGGGAAAAAAAGAAACCCCGGGAGUGAAACUCCAGGAGUUCUUUUGGGUUCAACGGAUCCUUCUUUAUUACAACGAUUGUUAUGGUGCCCCAAUAUUAUGGUUGCUAACGUUCAAAAGGAUUUAUGCUCUUCACUUGGUUUCAAAAAUCGUGAAUUAUUUUCUGUGAUGCAUAACUCCCAUCUGAAAUCUCAUGUCAUUAAUGAAAAACUUAUAAAAAAUAUAAGUUUUCUUAAAAAAAAUAACCUAAGUUCUCUUCUCCAUUCGUUUAAAAAAAAAGUGAGUAAACCUAUCAUAAAUACGAAUCCAGAAAAUAUGUCAACAAACUUGCUUCAACCCUCCUCUGAGUUUCAUUUUUUCAAAUUUUCCAAGCACACAUUAAAUAAAGAUUCUAUACUGGAUAAAAAAAUCAGUGCCUUUCUUUGUAAAACAUUUCCUGAAAACUUAUCGCAUUUAAAAGAAAGUAUUGAUAAAAUCAAAACGGUUGAAGAAGCUUUUGCCCUGGACGUGCAAAUUUUUUCUCACUUUGAGCAUCUUACACAAACUUUAUUGUAUGCUUUUCGUGAGUUUAUACAGCCAGACCUUAAGAUUCUAAUGUUGAAUCCAUUGAUCAAAACUCCAAAACCCAAACCUUUCACUCCUUCAAUGUUCCUAAAGAAUCUUGAAAAAGUUAAUCCAGCUUUACAAGGUUUAUAUUUAGCGUUUGGCCGGAGCGCAACGGAUCUCUUGUAUAGCCGCUUCAUUAAAACUCAAACGUUUCGACGCUGGCUUUCCACCCAAAUUAUGCGAGAAGAACAAAGGACGCCAUUACUACAGUUAAAGUAUUGUGCAGCGGUUAAAUUGUCUUCUCUCAAACCCAAACUUACUGUAAGCAUUGCUACUGAAGGAUGUUCGACUCUCAAACAUCUUUUGGACGAGUGCAAGCUUACUGCACCACGACAUCAAUUAAAAAGCGCUAAGGCUCUACUUUCAUAUUUAAAUCAAUACAUUCAAGCUUCAUUCACGACAUCCUUACACGUUAUACGGGUGUUGCUACCUAAAAGAGAUAUACUCGUUUCCCCCAAGCAACUUUCUGUAUCGCAUGUAGACUGCAGCCAACUGUUGCAUGAAGACCAAACUUCAGUACCCUUUCAAAGACUGGCACUACUACAAGGAAAAAAACCUCAUAACGCCGCAUCACCUUGCGAUUCUGACAGUGUUUAUUGUUCUGAAUCAAGUGCAAGUUGUACCGAUACGACGUUUUUUACAGCCAAUGAUUCGUCGUAA